GAGCUGGAGCUGAGGUCAAGGUAAAUCUCUGCUCCCAGUCAUUGCUGCAGCCUCCCCUUCCCUUUCCCUAGCUCCUCAGCAGCUUCUCCUGGUGCAAAUCCCCUGCAAAGACACGGAAGCGGCCGCCGAAGUUGCCGGGCGCAGGGCUCCGGAGGCAUUGGCUCAGGAACUUUUCACGUCAUUCCCGGCUCCGGAGCCCCUAGUCGCGGCGGCGCAGCCUUUCCCACCGCGGAUCCCCGGUGCUCAUGGGGCAGGCGAAGACAAGCUUGCAGCACUGAGCCGAACAGGACCAGUCCGUGAUGUCCAGCACCAAAUUGGAGGAUUCCCUCCCUCGUCGCAACUGGUCAUCCGCUCCGGAGCUGAAUGAAACUCAAGAGCCCUUUUUAAACCCUACGGACUAUGACGACGAGGAAUUCCUGCGGUACCUGUGGAGGGAAUACCUUCACCCUAAAGAAUAUGAGUGGGUCCUGAUAGCAGGGUACAUCAUCGUAUUCGUUGUGGCUCUCAUCGGGAACGUCCUGGUCUGCGUGGCGGUGUGGAAGAACCACCACAUGAGGACAGUCACCAACUACUUUAUAGUCAACCUAUCGCUGGCGGACGUGCUUGUGACCAUCACCUGCCUUCCAGCCACUCUCGUUGUGGACAUCACUGAGACCUGGUUCUUUGGACAAUCCCUCUGUAAGGUCAUUCCUUAUUUACAGACUGUGUCCGUGUCUGUGUCUGUUCUUACAUUGAGCUGCAUUGCCUUGGAUCGAUGGUAUGCAAUUUGUCACCCUUUGAUGUUCAAGAGCACAGCCAAACGGGCCCGGAACAGUAUCGUCAUCAUCUGGAUUGUCUCCUGCAUCAUAAUGAUUCCUCAAGCCAUUGUCAUGGAGUGCAGCAGUAUGCUCCCUGGCUUAGCCAAUAAAACCACCCUCUUUACAGUAUGUGAUGAGCACUGGGGCGGUGACAUUUACCCAAAGAUGUACCACAUCUGCUUCUUUCUGGUGACGUACAUGGCACCUCUGUGUCUUAUGGUAUUGGCUUAUCUACAAAUAUUCCGUAAACUCUGGUGCCGACAGAUCCCAGGAACUUCUUCUGUGGUUCAGAGAAAAUGGAAGCAGCAGCAACCGGUUUCUCAGCCCCGAGGGUCCGGACAGCAGAGCAAGGCCCGGAUUAACGCUGUGGCUGCUGAGAUAAAGCAGAUCCGAGCACGGAGGAAAACAGCCCGGAUGCUCAUGGUCGUUCUUCUGGUCUUCGCAAUUUGCUAUCUCCCAAUCAGCAUUCUCAAUGUGCUAAAGAGAGUGUUUGGGAUGUUCACACACACCGAAGACAGAGAGACUGUCUAUGCUUGGUUCACGUUUUCCCACUGGCUUGUGUAUGCUAACAGUGCUGCUAACCCAAUCAUUUACAACUUUCUCAGCGGAAAAUUUCGAGAGGAAUUUAAAGCUGCCUUUUCUUGCUGUCUUGGGGUUCAUCAUCGCCAAGGAGAUCGGCUCGCAAGGGGACGGACAAGCACAGAGAGCAGGAAGUCCCUGACCACGCAGAUCAGCAACUUUGAUAACAUAUCAAAACUCUCAGAGCACGUGGUGCUUACCAGCAUAAGCACACUCCCAGCAGCCAACGGGGCAGGACCGCUUCAAAACUGGUAUCUACAGCAGGGAGUACCAUCGUCACUACUAUCGACCUGGCUGGAGGUCUGAGAGAAGAGGCCGAAUGUCCAUGUGGAGUCUCACCCACGUCAUCUCAAAGAGAUAAUGGUUUACAAAAACAGUUGCCACUGUGUUCUUAGUGUGACGUUAAAGAAGAUGGAUUUUAAGGCACUUGUGCGCUUUAUAAGGGACCUGGAUGACUGGAGAUUUUAUUAAAAGUUCUCAGUUACCGAUUUUAUUUACUAAAGUUUCUGUUUUAUGGAAGCAGCUCAUUUUCAGGAAUAACUAUUGCCUGGAAGAAAACUGUUGAAUAAAACUGAUAUAUAAAUGAAACUCUGGGAAUGGAAUCAUGAAGUAUGUACAUGUUUCUCAACAUUAGGGCCCAUGAAUCCUGAGUGAUUUGAAUUAAUAUGGUGACCUUUGUAGGACAAAUGGUUAAAAAAAAAAGUAGGCCCCAAAACAUAGCAGUGUUAUUGGGGUGCUAAACUACUUACCUCAUUGUGUGCUCCUGGCACAGAUGAGGGAAUUUAUAGGAACAGUUUAUCUUGGAGCUCAGUUAUGCUGAACAUUGGACAUUUAUCUGCCUUUAUUUCUAUUGUAUUUCAAACCUUCAAUGUGAGAUGUUAAUGUCAUUAAUUUUGUCACUAAUAAGGAUGGUGUAAUAAUUUUAUCAAAUAUGUUUGAGAUUAAUGAUUUAUGAAUUUUUAUUAUAUCAUAAAACCUUUAUGUUUGAGUUUAUUCAUUUGAGGCUAAAUAUCAUCCCAAGUUUGUGAGGAAAAAAAUGUGAUUCCUAAAUUUUCCACAAUGUGGAAUUAAGUAGCUAUAAAUUAUUGAUAAGUUUAGUGCAAAAGUGUUAGGCACAGUAAUACUCAGUUUCACCCCAAUGCACAUUGAUUCAGGAAGAAUAGCAACUAUGUUCAUAAGUGACAAUAUGAAUGUGUCUAGAGAUGUUACUAACCAUAACUGAAAUGAGGGCUAUUAGCACUUUGAUACAAUGUAACAAUAUCAGGUUUGCAUUAGCGAUGAAUCAAACAAGCAUCAGCUCCAUCUCAAAAUCCAUAGAUAGUCCUUAUGAUUAGAGACAUUUCAACAGAAUUCAAUUUUCAACAGGUAACUCUUCUACUUCGUGUCACAACCAAAAGCAUAAAUUCCAUUAGAUUAUUUUCAAAUAGUUUUCUCAUUGCGUGACACAAAAUAAUGGGAUUUAGGGGCAUCAUUAUAUAAGUAAGAAAGUAGUAAUUUACAACCCAUUCUAUUCCAUUUUGCACAUCAUAAAAUGAUAGGAACGUGAAAAGCACUGUUAGUUCUCCCAGUUCAAAGGGAAUGUUUUCCCUACAGUUUUCUGCUAUUGAAAAGGGGAACAAAAGACUUCCCAACUUGCCACGUAUUUCUUCUAUUCUUUUAAAUUUUCUUUAUAGACUUUGGAGUUAGAAAAUCUAGGCUUUUCAUGAAAUGUGUUUCUGUUAUUGUAUCCAUGUAUGAAUCAGCAUGUCAGUUGUUCAACAAGUAUACAUUUAAAGUCCUUUAUGCCUGAUUGUAUUGUGUUUUCAUAAAUAUCUUUCUUAUUCAAACAAUGUGACUGUAUGUCUCCCAUUGUGAAGGUCCAAUUAUGUAGUUUUUAAGUAAAAUAUUGCUGAGAAGUCCAUAAUCACAUCUACAUUGUCCUGCUGUACUAUGUGAAAAAUUAUGUUGUUGUUCAAUACAUAAAUUGGAUAUUUGCUCAUAAUUAUUGUCAACUCUUUGCAGGUAAGGAUUGAAUUAACCCUGAUGCUGUACUUGAUGACCAAAAUAUUUUUCCAAUAAGUUUAUAUAACCAGGGAUAAUUAUGAUAUAAAGGAUUUUUAAUAUCGUUUCUAAGAAGGAGGUACUAUAAUAAAGGCUAAUAUUAAACACUCAAAUAUUUCAUAAAAGCUAUAUAAAGCCACACACUUAUAGAACUACUAAACAUUGAAGCUUUUAUCUGAGUCAGAAUUUUCCUGUGUUUGUGACUUAGAAUAUUGACCCCCUUAAUUUUCAGAUUACUAUCAUAGCCUGCAAAUGCAUGAGUUAAUAUUCAGUAGGUAAUUAAACUUUUAAACUAGACCUCUAGUUGGCUCUUCUUUUACCCAGUUGAUUCUCACAACUUCAGGAUCCAGUGCAGAUGGUUUAAAUUUAUAAAAUUCAUUCCUAUUCAGAACAUUUUAUACUAACCUUUGUGAAAACUUAAAAUGAUCAAGGUAAUCAUUUGACUCAUACGGAAGGAAGUAUGAUUGAAACAGCAUGUGGCUUCCCUGGAGGAAGAGAGCUAUUUUGAAAUGAGGUUCCAAGAGGAAUGAGUAAGAAUAUUGUGGGCUAAUCCACAGUCCCACCCUAGACACCAGCCCUGAAGAGAGGGAAGAGCAUCUGGCCUUCCAUUCAAGCCAGUGGCCAUGUACCAGGAGUGACAGAGAAAUUGUGCAGGGGUUCUCCGGUCUUGUCCCCUUCACCUGAUUCUGGUUGGUCACCUGUCCUGUUUCUCUCCAGGACCACCCUCGUUCUGCACUCCAAAGCCCCAGAUCUGCUCACCACCCUAAAAUCCAACUCCAUUAGGCUCUCCUUGUCUCCUGAAGUGAACAAUGAACAAAUUUCAGAAAAAUAUGAAUCAAAGCUCCUAGGAAAUGAACAUGGAAGUGCUAGAGUCUCCGUGGUAGGAUGUAUAGGUCUCUGUGCAUAUACCCAGGAAAAGAAUAACAAUGUCCUGUGUUCGUUCUAUUUUUAGCAAUUUGAGGAAUCUUCCUACCAAUUUCUCCACUGGUGGCAUCAGUUUAUAUUCCCAUCAGGAGAGAGAGUUACUGUUACCCUACAUUCUUGCUAACAUUUGCUGUUUGUUUUCUUGAUGGAAAUUCUGAUGGUGUGAUAUCGACUAUCAAAGUGGUUUUCAUCUGCAUUUCUCUCUUGACUAACGAUAUUGAACGCUUUUUCAAAUAUCCGUUGGUCAUUUGUGUUUCUUUUCUUUUGAGAACUGGAGGAUGUUAGUGUUCACUUAGUGUUCAAUUUUUGCAUAUAUAUGUAUGUGUGUGUAUACAUUUAUAUACAGAUGA